UUCACAGAACGCUUCGUAUUACCUUCUUAACCAAGGUAACCGCACCUGCUUCUUCUCUUCUCUAGUCUCUUCUAGUCUCUACUGAGAACCCUAAUGGCGGCGAGGAUUAAAGAAGAAGACGAAGUCUCGUUGAUACUCGAGGAACAGAGAGAAGAAAUCAUGGCGGCUAAAACCCUAGAUCGCGACCAAGAUUUGGCUUUUAAUCUCCAAAUGCAAGAAGCCCUAGCCGUUUCUAGAGCAGCCCACACUUCCUCCGUACCGGAAUCUUCCUACGAAGAAGUCGAUUUCACUGGAGGCGAAGAUGAAGAAUUCGACUUCACUGCGCUCAUCCUACAGGACAUUGAAAGAGCCGAGCAGGAGAGGAGGGACCGUGAGUUUGGUGAACAUGAGAUGAAGAGGCUCAAGGUUGAUCUCGACCGUCGGAUUCAUGAUCAGAGGUUUGCUGAAGAGCUUAUGAGUAUCCCUGAAGGAGAUUGGAGUAAACAUGGCGAUAAUUACGCGAAGCCGUACGCUCUCGGUGCUGGGGCUUCUUCUUCGUCUUCCUCUUCUGCGAUUAGGGGUGAGAUCUUUAAGGUUUAUUGUAAAGGUUUGGUGAGUGAAGAGAUGAUUGGAGAUACGAGGGUUACGGUUGGUGGUGUUGGUGUGGCGCUUUGUGACUCGACUGGUAACUUGAUUUGGGAGGUGAAGAAGGUUUUGGGAGCUGACGAGUCUAAAAGUCCUGAAAUUGCGGAAUUGGAGGCGCUUGUUCAUGGGUUGGAAGAAGCUUUGACCUUUGAAUUGGGAAGGGUUACGUUUUUCAUUGACAAUUUCAAGGUCUUCCAAUACGUGACACGUAAGGUGGAACCGAGGCACAGCGUUGUUGCCACACUUGUAAACCAAGUGGCUCUUCUCCAACAGAAAUUCUCAUACUGUCAACCAUCACUUUUGGCAAGAAACGAUGUUAAGUUUGUCUUCAAGCUCGCGAGAGAUGCUAUUGUGUCUCAAAUCAAAUGGCCUGAAGAAGCUAGUACUGGCAAGACCUUCUUCAAGGAAACUUGUGUGAUUUGUUACGAAGGUAUCACUGUUGACAAGAUGUUCUCAGUAGAUGGUUGUUUCCACCGUUUCUGCUUUUCCUGCAUGAAACAGCAUGUUGAAGUGAAGCUACUAGGAGGGCAAACUGCUAGUUGUCCGAGUGAAGGUUGCAAAUCAGAAGUGAAGAUCGAGUGCUGUGCAAAUUUUUUGGAUCCUAAGCUGGUUGAUGUGAUGAUCCAACGCAAGAAAGAAGGCUCGAUUAGUGUUACAGAUAAAGUCUAUUGUCCAUACCCCAAGUGUUCGGAGCUGAUGGUCAAAUCUGAGCUCUUGGAAUAUACCAAACAGUAUUUCGUUGGUGCUGAGAAUUCUAAAGCGAGGAAAUGUAUGAAAUGCCUGAAAUUCUUCUGUACCCAGUGCAAGGUACCGUGGCACUAUGACCUCAGUUGCUCUGAAUUCGGCAAAACAAAGGGCUAUCAGAAUGCUGGGGAUGGAAUGCUGAAGUCUCUGGCACAGAGCAAGAGGUGGAGACAAUGCAUAAAGUGUAACAAUAUGGUUGAGCUUGCUUGGGGAUGCUACCAUAUAACCUGCAGAUGCGGAUAUGAGUUCUGUUACACAUGUGGAGCUGAAUGGAAGAAGAAGAAAGCAACAUGUUCGUGCCCGAUCUGGGAUGAGCGCAACAUAAUCCGUGAAAGGAAUGCGAUCCCCCCUAGGAGGUGACUUGGUUAUCUGUUGCGUUAAAUAAAGGAGGUAGCUUAAUAGAGUAGGAGUAACGAGUGGUUCUGGAAUCAAAAGACCAGUUAUGGUUAGCUUGGGUUUCUUUUUUUGUGGUUUUUGGAGCUGAUCCCAGGCUUAGGACCUUCGGUGUUUUAGUUUCGAUCUUCUAUUUCGUUUUGUCUAAUGCUAGGAAAAGAAAUGACAGUUUUAACUUCAAUGUUCAAGAUCUGAGGUUAAAGUAAAUCUUGUCAUCUCCGGAUGAAGUUGAUAUCUCCUGUAGGUAUUAAUUAAAGUUUGUAGUUUCUCA